UUAAAGAUUUUCUUUGCUUGACUGCUUCGCUUCAUUUACGCGCAUUUUAAUGCUCUGUGCGGUGUUUAUUGGCUUAAAGAUUUGGCGACAUUGUAUAAGAGUGUGUUUAGGAUGAUUUGUGUUUACUUGAGCAAACAGAUUUUAUACUAAAUUUGUGCAGUAAUAUUCUAAGUUUGUGCCAAGUAUUUCUAGCUGGAUAGGAUUGAGUUAGAAGAUUUGUGCUUUCAUUUUUGGCCGAGGCGGUAGCAGCUGUGGAGGAGAUAUAUGGCGCUGGAGGACCUGGAUAUUGAACUUUAAUGCCCCCGCUAAUGUCGCCGCUGUGUUAAAUUUGAGUCUCGGGACUCUGGAUUUGAGCACCGGGCAAAUCUUUUUCGGUAAACUGAGCCGGUUAUUAAUCUGCAUUUUGGUUAGGUGAGGAAAUCAGGUUAGCUGGCAUUUUUUUAUUGCCAGCUCAGAGAUUUGUAUGCUUAACAGGUUCAUCGAAUAGAGGUUAUCUUUCGAGGUAGUUUGUUCUGGUUACUUGGCCUUUGCAAGAUGGAUCGGAUGUCAGCUCAAAUGGCUAGGCUUGCCUUCUGUAUUUUUCUCGUGGCUGGAAUCUGCUUCUCUGGUGCGAACGGAGCUGCUUCGCCUGCAAAACAGAGCUCCAAAAACGCAUAUGCUACAAUGAUGUACAUGGGGACGCCGAGGGACUAUGAGUUCUAUGUAGCUAUCAGGGUUAUGCUUCUCUCAUUGAUUCGCCUCAAAGUGGAUGCAGACCUCCUCGUUAUUGCUUCCAAAGAUGUUCCGCAGAAUUGGAUAAGGACCCUGCAUGAAGAUGGGGUCAUAGUGAAGUCUGUGGAGAACAUUGAGAACCCUUAUAGUUAUCGGCAAGGGUUCAACAAGCGAUUUACUCUCACACUGAACAAGCUCUAUGCAUGGACGCUUGUGGAUUAUGAACGUGUUGUGAUGCUUGAUGCAGACAAUCUUUUCCUGCAGAACACGGAUGAGCUUUUUCAGUGUGGGCAAUUUUGUGCUACCUUCAUCAAUCCCUGUCUUUUCCAUACAGGGCUUUUUGUAUUACAGCCCUCAGAAAAAGUGUUCCGUCGCAUGCUGCAUGAAGUGAGUAGUUUGAGAAGCAAUAGAGAUGGUGCAGACCAAGGUUUUUUGGUUUCAUAUUUUGACGACCUGCUUGAUAGGCCGAUGUUUCAUCCUCCUGUAAAUGGAUCUAAACUAGAUGGACUUUAUCGACUUCCAUUGGGAUAUCAGAUGGAUGCUUCAUAUUUCUACUUGAAGUUGAAAUGGCGUGUACCUUGUGGACCAAAUAGUGUUAUCACUUUUCCUAGUGCGCCUUGGUUGAAGCCAUGGUAUUGGUGGUCAUGGCCUGUUCUGCCCCUAGGGCUUUCUUGGCAUGAGCAGAGGUUUCAAACAAUAGGGUAUGGUGCAGAGAUGCCUCUGAUUCUCCUGGAGUCACUCUUUUACUUGGUCACAAUGGCUGUUUCUAUAAUUGCUUUUAAGGGUUUCCAUCCCUCUUUGUCGAAGCUUUGCCUCAUGAAACCUGAGCAGGGUUUUCUACUCUACCCAAAUUCUCUUAAGCUACUGGUUCUCACAUGUAUGGUGGGAAGUUAUCUACUACCAUUUUUCCUUGUUCCUAGAACAGUUCACCCUGUAAUAGGCUGGGGGCUUUACUUAUUAGGCUCCAUGUCUUUUGGGGUUGUUCUUAAAAAUGCAUUCUUACUCCCAGCUUUGCCACUUUUUACCCCUUGGUUGGGUAUAUUUGGGUCACUCAUUGCCAUGGCUUUUCCGUUCUACUCUAAUGGUAUAGUAAGAGCAUUGUCUGUAGGUGCAUAUGCAUUUUUAGCAGCUCCAUUUGUGUGGUGGGCUCUUACGAAAGUAAUGUCAGCUUUGGACACAUUAGUUGAACGAGAAGCCUUGAGAGUGUGGGGAGCCGGAGCCUCGUCAAAAUUUGAACCACAGUCUCUGUUGAUGAAAGUUUGUUAAAACUAGCUGUUCUAUCUGCAAUUGGUGGUUAUCAACAACCUGAAUCUCAGUUCAUGAACCUGUUUUGGGUCACUACAAUUCCAACAGAGCAAGCUAUUAAUUUCUCAUAACAAAACUGUAAAUCAUCAACUAUGCACGUUUGUCCAACACCACAGACCACCAGAAGCCAUUGUUCUUCCAUUUUUUUGGAUUUUUCCCAUGUGGCAGGUUUGGCCUGAUUAAGGGCAUUGAAUUUUGUGCUGACUUAUGGUACAGUCACAUGUGGAGGGCAAAUGACUGGAUGGAGCCCAUAAUCAUAAAGAUGUACAAGAAAAAUCUAAUUUUUCACAUUCUUUUUUCCGGUUGCAAAAACUUUCCUUGUGACUAAUUUGAUUCAUUCUUUGGAAUA